AUGAUCAAUCGCGCGCUUUUGGAUGAUGCGUCCAAGAAAACAGGCUCGGCCUCCAACCCUAUCCUAAUCGGCAUCGGCAACCACGACAACUCUGGCAGGCAGGACACAUCAGAACAGAAUGAUUCUGAUAGAGACACUAUGCGCUUGAGUACGCCAGAAUUCUAUGAAAUUCUGAGGGAUGGAGGCACUACCAGUCCACAAAAGAAAUUCGAACUCACGAAUUCGCCUCCUGUUGUGACACUAUCCAAAGUGUAUGGCCAAACGUUCGAUUUUACUUGUUCCCCUGAGCCUGAAUCAACAGUUUCCGCCCAUCGGGAAGAAAAAAGACCUGAACUCACGGGAGCUUCUAAAGAAGCUUCAAAAAGAAAAGAUGAAUGUGCUACUUUGACAGUAGAGUCUCGCAUAGCAUCCCAUGGCCAGCCCGGCGUCUCUAGACCCGGCCAAGAUGGCGUGUUGGAACUAUCGAUCAAUAUUAGGCAUAUAGCGAAUGACAGUCCACCUCCAUCCUGUUAA